CUCACCCUGAAGGGGUUCCUCCAGAGAAGGAACAAAAGAGCCUUUAAGGGUUAAUCUAUUUUUCCCCCCUAAUAGAAAUAAGCGACACUAUAAAACUCCUGUGGCCAGCGCAAUGCAUCUGGAUGAUUCUCUGGACUGUAAAAUGACUCGCAUGCGAUUCACUCAGUUCAAAAGAAUGAAUUGAAUCAGUAGAGUUGUAUAGUGAAGAGUCUCGGAGCACAUUUCUUGUCAACAUCCGGAUGAAUUACAGCCGGACGUGUUUGGGCAGUUUUACAGGAUCAGAUGACCCUUGGACCCUUAGAUGUUGCGUCUUCGAACCGAUCUCCCGCGGCUGCUCCAAGUGCGCACUCGGUUUUAACGCCUCAGCUCGGAAUGAACGCGUCUGAGGGAUUAGGAGUCCUCAACCGGACGCAAGAGCAGCUGGACGGCGCGAGAGGCUGCUGCAACUUCACCUCCGCCGCCGCGUCUGUCGGCACCGGCGGCGGCGGCGGCGGCGACGUGUUCCUGCACGAGCGCGAGCAGUUCGUGGCGCGGCUCGUGCAGAUCGCCGUGCUCUGCGUGCUCUCGCUCACCGUCGUCUUCGGCGUCUUCUUCCUCGGCUGCAACCUGCUCAUCAAGUCCGAGAGCAUGAUGAACUUACUGGCGGAGGAGCGCAGACCCUCCAGAGACACGGAGCUCAUCACAGCCGCGUGACAUUCGGUGUUUGGGGGAUGAUGAUGAUGCCCCGGCUCGUGCGCUCGCCCCCGACAAGACUGUUAAAUAUUGUGAUACGUCUAAUUUGAACUUUUAAAAAAGAGAAAAAAGAAAAGCCUAAAUCGUGCACAUAGACCUGUUCCUUAUUUUAAGACUGCAAAAUAAAGCAUGCUGGAAUAAGUGGGAUUAUUUUUGAAGCAAACCUGACUGAAAUAAUGUUUAUUGUAUUUUCUUGUGAAAGAACCCCCCCCCCAGUAUUUUAACAUAGCAAUAUAUUUGAAUAUAAAAGCAUUCUAGAAGAAAAUUAACUCUCUUUUAUUAUUAAUCCCUUUAAUUAUAAAAUUAUGACUGAAUAUAAAUAUAAUUAUGGCAGAACCUUCUCACAAUUCUCGCACAUGUAUUUUCAAAAUGUAAUGCGAUAAAAAAAAAAUAACACAAGAAAUCUGAACAUGCAUGUUAAAAAGGCAUAAUUUCACAAUUUUAUUGUUCAUACCUGUAUUGUUAAAUUGAUAAAUUGGGAUUUAUAUGUUUAAGCUUGAAAGCUACAAACUGAACUGAUUUAUGGUGCAGUUAUUCAGGAUAUCAUCACACAAAUCUGGCAACUCUGCAGUACAAACCUAUUCAUAAGGCUCGCAAAUCAUGAAUUUAUCUGAAUUCCCACAGCAUUUGUUUCAGAGCUGAAGAGUUCUCUAAUGCACACAUUUAAAGUGUUCAGGAGAAAACACGACCAGGGUUCAGAUCCAUUUAUUUACUCUAGCACAGGGUCCGAAACCAAUGAGAGCACA